CAUUGCUUCUCAGUUCUCAUUGUGAUCGCAAAUGAUAUGACGCCAUUUUAACUAACCUUUUCGGCGCGACGAAGCAGUCGCCAAACAACACCGAGAUAAAGAUAGUUUUUUUUUUUCUCGUUUGUGUUUCACGCUUGCAGUCUUAUACAUAUAUCAUUAAUUCAUUUUUAUUAUUUUCAUAUUAUAUUUAGAAAGUGUUAUUUAUUAGUGUUUAACAAUAUCUAAGUUUUUAACAAUUGUUUGAGGUGAUUAAAAAAUUUUGUCAAGAAAAUACUGAAGGUGAAUUUUUUAUUCCUUUUUUUUUUUUUUAUUUUUUUUAUGUUGGAGUUUGCUGGUGUUUCUUAGUCAGAUAAAGUCCACCAUCGUCGUGAUCGAGUCUACUAUUAUGGAAGAAGAUGAAACAGAAGUUACAAAUGCUGAUACUUGGAACAAGUUUGAUGACAGUAAAUCAUCAUCAAAUUUUCAAUUAAAUAAUGUUGAUGAAAAAAUAAAAAAUGCCGAGGAGUCAGUAUCCCAAGAUUCUUGGGAUGAUGAUGAUGAAUCAUUUGAUGAAGAUGAAGAAUUUGAUGAUGAUGAUGAUGAUGAUGAAAAUGAUGAUGAUGAAAAUGAUGAUGAUGAUGAUGAUGAUGAUGAUGAUGAUGAUGAUGAUGAUGAUGAAGAUGAAGAUGAAGAUGAAGAUGAAGAUGAAGAACAAGAAGGACAACAUGAUGAAGAUGAAGAAGAAAUUAAAAGUUCAACAUACAAAUUAGAAAGUUUUAAAAAUGAUAUAUUAAUAAACGAUAAUGAUAAAGAACCAGAAAAAAUAAAUAUAUCUGUAUAUCCAGCAAUGGAAAAGAAAGAAGUCAUCAUAAAUAAAACACCAACUGGGAAAUUAAUUGAUAAUAAUCAAAAAUUAGUAAUACGUAAUGUUAAAAAUAGUAAAAUAAAAAGCCAAUCACAAUAUCUUAAUUCAAAUUUAUUAAUUGAUAUUCAAAAAAAUGUUUGUUUAAGAUGUAAAAAAUCAAAACAAACAAUGGUAAAUAGUGAAAUGAAAAAUAAUAAAAAUAUUUGUCAUUGCAAAUAUACAUUAAAAACAAAAAAUAAUUAUAGUGAAAUAAAUAAUAAACCAAGUACAUCAUUACAAAAUUUAUCAAUAAAUGAUAAAUUCAAAAAUAUUGCUAAUAAAUUUAAAAUAAGUCGUAAAGUAUAUAAAUGUGCAACAUGUGAAACAUAUUUUGAAAAUUGGAAUUUGUUUAUUCAUAUGAGAGAUAUACAUAAUCGUCACAUUUGUUUAUUUUGUUUGGGUUUAUUUGGUGCUGCUGAUAGAUUAUCACAACAUCUUGAAAAACAACAUCGUGUAAAAGGUAUUAAAUAUGAUUCAGUUGAUGAUUUUUAUCAUUCAUUUAUUGGCUCGUGUUACCUAAUAUGUUGUUCAUGUGAAAAAAUUUUUACUGAAUCGGAUAAUUUUUAUAACCAUUAUUGUCAAAUACAAACAAAUGAUAAUGAUAAAUUAGUUAUUAAUCCCGUAAAUAUUAUAAAAUAUAAUAAAAAUAAUAAAUUAACAACAAUUAAUAAUAAUAAUUUUAAUAUUAAAAAGAAAAUUAAAAUUAGGAAUCGUAUUAGUAAUCAUGAUAAAAAAUUAUUAUCAUUGUAUAAACGUAACGUAACAAAUACUUAUGAUAGAAAAGUUAAUAAUAUUACUAAUGAUAAUAUUAAUUCAGAUAAUAAUAAAAUUAUCAGUAAUGUGCCAAUUGAUGAUAAUACUCUCAAUUUAAAUAAUAUAUAUGAUAAUAAUACAUUUAUACAAAAACAAAAUAGUUUAACUAAUGACAACAAAGAAUCCAUUGAAAAUGAUAAAAAAAAUUGUAAUAAUGAUAAUUUAUCAGAGGAUACUGUUGCUGAAACAAUAUUUCAAGUAUCAAAAUGUUUUGAUGAUGAAAAUAAUGACACAACAAUUGAAAAACAGUCGAGUCCAGUAUUAUCUGAUACAUUUGAUAAUAAUAAAAAAAUCAUAAUUAAUAAUCAUAAUAAUGAAAAAAUUGUUAACGCCAUUGAUAAUGAGUAUGACAGUGUUACUGAAACAAUAAUGCGUGUAUCAAAAGGUAUUCAUGAUGAUGAUGAAACUGACAAUGAUGAAAGGAUGAAUAAAUCAUCAGAUAGCUAUCAAGAUAAUAAUAAAAAACAGUUAUCUGAUAAUCAUAUGGAUAUAUCUGAUCAUGAUGACAACAAUGAAAUAAGUAAAUUAUCUGAAUUUUCAAAAAACAAUGAAUCAAAUAUUUGGAAACGUGAUACGAAUAAUUUAUUGUCAUCAUCAUCCUCAUCAUCAUCAUCGAGUAACUCGUCUUCAUCAGCAGAUGAAAAUGAAGAUGAUGAUGAUGAUAAUAAUGAAUCAAAUAAAAAUAAACCCAUAGCAUCAGUGUCCAGUGUUAAUACAAAUGACAGAAGAUUGGUUAUCAAAAUAUGCACAAAUAAAAAUUCAAGUUUUCAUGUAUCAGCCACAUCAAAUGGUAUAACUAUACCAUCUGAGUCUGAUGAAAAAAAUGAUACUAAUAAAAAAAAUAAUUUAGAUUGUGAUAAUAAUGAUAAUCAAAUUGAACCUUCAAAUGAAAGACCCAAAUCAUCAUCACCAAUACGAGAACAACAACAACAACAACAACAACAACAACAGCAGCAGCAGCAGCAAGAAUCAUCACCAGUAACAUCAUUACUAGAUACAUCAACUGAAUCACCAACAAAAAAUAAUGAUAAUCAAUUGAAUCAACAAAUUAAUUAUGAAACCAAAGAGAAAGAAGAAGAAGAACCAGUAAUUGAACCUCUAUCAUUUCUUCCAACAACUGCUGAAAACAAUGAUAUUAAUAAUGAUGAAAAAAUUAUUGAUGAUAAUAAUCAUGAUGCUAAUGAUAAUAAUGAUAAUACAACAAUUAUACCAAUUGAUGAUGGUAUAAAAUUGGUAUCUGAUGAUGUGCCAUUACUCGAUAUUGACGUUGUUGCAACACUUGAUGCAACAGAUAUUGUUGAUUUAUUACGUAGUUGUAUAAAAGCAGCAUGUUCAAUAUGUAUUUAUUGUAAUCAUGCAAGACAAAUUGCUGUUGAUGGUAAACAAUUAGCUUUACAUAUGCUUGCUGAGCAUAAUUUUCAACCUCAACAUCCAGCAAUAAUAAUUGAAAAAUAUCAAUUUAUUCAACGUGUUAAAAAAUCACUUGAUGAAUUAUCAAAUCAUUAUAUUAAUCUUGAUUCUUAUGAUUCAAAAAUUGGUACAUAUAAUAUAACAAAAACACGUAGAUAUGAAUGUUUUUAUUGUCGUAUUACAUCAUUAAAUCAUAAAGAUGUUUAUCAACAUAAUCGUAAAAUACAUCAAAAAAUGGUAAUAAUAUGUAUAAUGUGUAAAUUAUCAUUUUAUAGUUACAGUGAAUUAUUAUGUCAUCUUUGUCCUGGUAUUGAUAAAACAAAUUUAUCAAUGAGUGUUAAUCCAUUUACUCAAAUACCAUCAUUAUCACAUUCAUUAAAUGAUAUUAAAUAUCGUUGUUGUAAUUGUUUAUCAAUGGAUAUAUUACCAUCAGCAUUUCGUUUAAUGGUACAUUUACGUAGAGCACAUCAUACAUGUGAUAUAUGUCUUGAAACAACAACUAAUCAACAUAAAUUAUCAAAUCAUAUUAUGAAACAUAAAAUAAUACAUCCAUGUUUUAGAUGUGGUAUAUCAUAUAGAAAUAAACCUGAUUUUAAAAAUCAUCUUUAUUGGAAACAUGGUACUGAAUCAGUUGAUUGUAAAAAAUGUUUACAAAAAAAAUGGCCACAUAUUUAUCAUUUUUGUACACCACCAAAUGAAUUUACAUGUGAUGAAUGUAAUAUUAUAUUUAAAAAAGCUGUUGCAUUAAAAGUACAUAAACGUAUACAUACUAAUCAUGAGCCAUAUGAGUGUAAUAUUUGUUUUCAAAAAUUUAUAUCUAAAAAAGCUCUUGGAAGACAUGAUAUUGGAAUUCAUAAUCCACCGGAAAUAUUACCACCACCUGUUAUUCCAAUUUCUUGUAAUAAUGGUAAUAAUAAUAAUAAUAAUAAUAAUAAUAAUAAUAAUAUAUCAAAUGAAAUUAAUGAUAAUGAUAAGCCAGAGCCAAUGAACGUUGAUAAUGAUAAUUUUGAUAAUAGUGAAAAUUUGAAUGAACAUUUAAAAACAUCUGAACAACAGCAAUCAAGUCAAAUUAAUGUUAAUAAUGAAAUUAUUAUUAAAAAACCAGAUGAACAUGUUAAAAAAGUUAUUGAUGUUUAUGAUUUACCACCACUUAAUUUAUCAUCUGACUCAGAUUCUGAUACUGAUAAUGAAAUUAUUAAUAAAAAAAAUGAUAAUAUUGUUAUUUGUGUAUCUGAUGAUAAAUUGAAUGAUGAUAAUAAAAAUAAUAAAGAUGAAGAAAUUAAUAAAUCAAAUGAUGAUGAUAAUAAUAAAAAUAAUAAAGAUGGAGAAAUUAAUAAAUUAAAUGAUGAUGAUAAUACUAUUACUGAUGAUCAACAAGUUACAAUUAUGAAUGGUAUAUGGAAUAAUUUUAAAUCAUACAGAUUAAGUUUGGGAACAGAAGAUUUUGAUCUAGCUGCUGAAAAUAAAAUUGAAGAAGAAAAAAAAAGAUUAGAAUUAAUUGAUAUUAUUACUGAUGAUCAUGAUUAUUGUAUUGUUUAUACUGAUUCAUCAAAAAUUGAUAAUUCAAUUCAGAAUAAUGAUGCUGAAAAUAAAAUUGUUGAAAAACAUGAAGAAAAAAUUGUUGAUGAAAAUGAAAUAAAAAAUAUUGAUGAAAAAACAAUCGUAAAUACUGAAAUAAUUGAAGAAACAAAUACUCAACCACCUGAGAUUGAGAAUAAACCUGCUGAAAAUACAACUGAAAAUGAAAAGAAAAAAACAAAAUCACCUAAAAAGAAAAAUAAAGAAAAAACUGAUGGAUCAUCGUCAUCGAGUGAUUCAUCUAGUGAUUCUGAUACCAGUUGUUGUUCUGAUAGUAAUUGUAGUUGUACAUCAUCAUCAAGUGGUUCGUCAUCUAGCUCAAGCUCUAGUUCUGACUCAGAGUCCUCAAAUAAAAAACAAAAUAAAACAAUCAAACAAAAUAAUAUCAAAGAAAGUCAUGAUAGUGAAAAUAUGACUAUCGAUGAGACAAUUGAAACAAAUAAAAUAAACCAAGAUAUACCACCGAAAAUUCCAUCACCAAUACCAGAUUCAUAUGAAGAAGAACAAAAAAGAAUAAAAGAUGCAAAAUUAGUUCUUCGUCAUUCAGAUUUAGAUACAACAGAAACUGAAACAGAUGAAGAUUUUUAUGAUGAACAUCCGCAAAAAUUAGCACUACAAUUAUUAGAAGAAAAACGUAAUCAACUUCUUGCAUCAGUACCACAGCCAGAAGAGCCGAUAAAACCCUUGCAAAAUGGUACAAUUGAUGAUACACAAAAACUAAAUUCAAGUCCUAAGAAAAAAACAAGAGGUAGAAAGAAAAAAAAAGGAACUAGAGACAGUCGUCCAAUUAGAGAUAGUCGUCCAACUAGAGGAGCUCCAAAAGGACCUCGUGGACGUAAAGCAAAAUUGUCAAAUUGUCAAAUAAAUUCAACACAACAACAUCAACAACAGCUGCAGCAACAGCUACAACAACAACAUCAAUUACAACUACAAAUGUCAAAAACAAUUGAUUCAUUUAAAUUAAACAUUCCAAAUAAUAAGGCCUACAGAGCUAAACAAAAAAUAAGAUUUUCAUUGCCAAAUAAUACAAAUUAUUCAACACCAUCACCAUCAUCAACACCAGUAUAUGAUAAUUAUGCAAUAAAUAAUUCUUAUCAAACAACACCACAACAAAAUCAUUCAUAUUCUGGGAGUGAAAGUGAAACAAAACGAUCAUCAAAAAGACGUAGAAAACCAAAAAGGUUUUACGAUGAUUCGAGUGAUGAAGAGGCACAUUUACAAGAAAAAUUAUUGAAAUUUCGUCGUACUGAUCCACCACCACUAUCAUAUUUACUUCCACCACCAUUGCCUCCAUCAUUUCCAAUGGAAUUUAAUCAUACAUAUCCAGCACUAUCGCCACAACAUAAUACAAUACAACAAGUACCGUCACUAAAAUUACAACCAUCAAUAUUACAAUCAUCACUACCAACAUCACCAUCACCACUACUACCACCGCCAACAGAGCAAGAACCACCAUCAUCACCACUACUACCGCCGUCAAUAGCACUACCAUCAUCAUCACCAUCACCACCGUCACCACAACAAGAACCACCACCACCACUAUCAUCACAACCACUGUUACCUACACCACUAUUGCCACCACCACCAUCAACACCACCAUUAACACUUAAAGUAAGACCUAUAAGGAUAAAACAUCAAUUAGGUGGUGAAGCAAUGAUUAUGAAGAAAAAAUCAUUAAAUAUACAAGAUAAUAAUAGUGAAGAAGUUGAUAAUUUACAUGUUGGUUCAGUUAGUGAUUCAGAUGAUGCAAAUGAUUCAUCAAGUGAUUCAAAUACAUCAGAUGGUGAUAACAAAAUGCAAAUUGAUGAAACACCAAUGAUAGAAUCACCAACAAUACCAGUUGAUAAUUUUAGUGUUUCCGGACCAACAUCUGGAGCUAAAUUAUACUGUUAUUGUCGUUGUCCAUAUGAUGAAGUAUCUGAAAUGAUUGCGUGUGAUUCAAAAAAUUGUAAAAUUGAAUGGUUUCAUUUUGAAUGCGUUGAUAUUAAAGUACCGCCAAAGGGUAAUUGGUUUUGUCCAAAUUGUAAAAAAACAGAUCCAAAUGCAACACAAUGACUGAUAUCUCAUUUGAACAAUUAAAAACUAAUAGUUAAUAAUAGACAAAAAGAAAAAUGGAAAAAAAAGGAAAAAUUAUAAUAGACAUUUAUUUAUUUUUUCCAAUUUUAUUUAUUUUUAAAAUUAUUAUGAAAUGAACUUUAAAAUAAAUAUACUACAUAGGUAUAUUUAAAAAAUAUUCAAUUUACAAAAAAUUUAAAAAAUAGUUCAAUUUCAAAUGUUUUUUUUUUUAUAUUCAACAAUUAAAGCUUUGAAAAAAAACAAAAUCAAAUGAAAUUAAUUUAUUUUAGUUUUUUUUUUUUUUUUUUUUUUCUCCUAAAUUUUGUCAUUUUUUUAUUAUUCAAUUGAACUUUUCCAUGUUACUAAAAAAAAAACGCCGUACAUUAUACAUAUUCAUUUAAGUAUAUAUAAUUUUAAUUAUAUAUAUUUCUUAAUUCUUAAGCGAGUACUUGUAAAUACGUGUAAAUAAUAACUAUGUCAGAUUAAAAGAAAAAAAAAUAAAUAAUCUAAUUUUAAAUUUUUUGUUUUGAGUAUAAAUAAAAGAAUGAUGAUAAAUAACAGAAAACAACACAAAAAAAAAAAAAAAACGUGAAUCUAAGUUUAUUUGUUU